AAACAAUCCAAUUUUCUACUACAGUAUUAUGCCUUCCUCCAUUUUAGGGGACACUAAACCCUAAUAAAAACAAUUCAAAUUUCAUCCUCCAUCGAUCCCAAAUGAAACGUAUCGUCAGAAUCUCAGUCACCGACGCAGAAGCCACCGAUUCUUCCAGCGACGAAGAGCCCGAGUCUCAGGUUCGCCGCCGUGGGAAACGCCUCGUCAAGGAGAUCGUCAUCGACCCUUCCGAUUCCGAUACUAAACCCAAUCUCUGCAAAACGAAGUUCAAAAUCAGGAUUCCCGCGGAGUUUCUAAAGGCGGAGAAGAAGAAGUUCCGUGGAGUGAGGCAGAGACAGUGGGGGAAAUGGGUGGCUGAGAUCAGAUGCGGUCGUCGAGCUAUCGAGGGACGAAGACGUGACCGUCUUUGGCUUGGUACUUUCGACACCCCCGAAGAAGCUGCUCUUGCUUAUGAUAACGCCGCGAUUCAGCUUGUUGGACCUCACGCGCCUACCAAUUUCGGUUUUCCGGAGGAGAAUCAGGAGGUUGAGAUUGUUGCUGGAGCAUCCGACGUUGCUCGUGGCGCGUGAAUCCGGUUUAGGUUUGGUUUAGCUCAUCAUGUCAUUCGUCUGUAACCUUGUUUGUUGUCGAUGUCUCUCUGUGUGUAUAUUUUUGUUGUUACAUCGAUGAAAUUGAAUUGGGUUUUUGACUUGUUAA